AUGCCUACCGCAUCUGAUUUUAUCAACGCUGAUUUCGAAAUAGCAAGGCGACGGUUCAAAGAAAGUGUCGGUGACCCGGAUAUCUACGAGAAAGUACUUCAGACGAAUGGAUCCGACGAAGUCACAAAAUUGAUUAAGAAAGCACAAGAAGAUGCAGCCUCCAGUCUAGGAAUGCGGGGCAUGGGACGCCUCGAGCCGUUCAUCCUUCGCCUCAAAGACUUCGCCUGUGUUUUCGAGACUUACGUCCAAAUCAAACCCGACCUACUCGCUCUUAUCUGGGGUCCAAUUCGUCUCCUGCUUUUAUGGUCAUCUGAAUAUUAUGAGGCCGUGGACUCCGUGGUAGAUGCAACUGAGAUGAUUGCGCAGGCGCUGUCACGCUUUGCGUCAAUGGCCAGCCUGUUCAACGAGAAUCAGGCAGUCCGAUCCGUCCAUGUUCUAUUCCUCCAGGAUAUCCUCGACUUUUAUGCUGCGGUCUUGAAGUUCUUCGGCAAAUGGUGCUCGCCCGCUCGCGGCUUACUCUCCCGGGUCCGGGACAAAGUAAUCGAAAAGGCGGAAAAAGCCUUUGAAAUAGCGUGGGCGGCCAAAAAGAAGGAACUUCGUGUCGUCAUCGGGAAUCUCGAAAAGCACACACGCCUUUUGAAAAACGAGGUGACUUUUUUAGAAAUUGAAGAGGCAAAGAAGGCCAGGGAUGAAGCGCUGGUGAAGAGUAUAAAAGAUGACGAGAAACAAGAGACGCAGAAGUUCCAUGGCCUGAGGUCUCGCAUCGCUCCAGUACUGUACGAUAAGGAGCUGGAUCGGCUGAGCAACACAUGUCACUCCGGUGGAGUGAAUUGGUUGUUUCGCAACCCUGAAUUCAAUCAUUGGCUCGAUGUCUCUAAACGCGACUCGACUUGGCUAUGGUUGCAUGGAAUUCUUGGGGCUGGCAAGACAUAUCUUGCCGCGGCGGCUAUCAAUCACAUCAAGAAAAGUAAUCAGGUGCUAUUCGUCUUUGCCAGCCAGGAGAAUCCGGACGAAACGGCACUUUCAUCUAUUCAAACAUUGAUGUUCCAGGCUGCGACGAAUAAUGCGGCUUUGAGAACUGUCUUGGUGGAAGCAAGUGAGCGAGAGUUACAGGGCAACACGAAAUACGCGGCAAACUUGCUAAAGUCCCUACUCAUGUCGGCUGGGCCGGCAUAUAUCAUCAUCGACGGGCUUGACGAGAUCGAGGAGAUUGAGCGCCAGAUACUCUUACAACAGCUGCAAAUGAUCUGCAAGGACUGCAAGGAGCUCAAGGUCCUCAUUUCUAGCAGAGAUGUGCACGAUAUCGAGCGGGUUCUCAAACCCAAUGCAAAGGGCAUUCGUGUAGAUCAGAGAAACGGUGGGGCCAUUCAGACAUACGUCAACGACAGGCUAAAGAGUUGGAUGGCUGAACACUGCGACGACAUCGACUCCCAAUCAGAGAUAGUUCGCCUCCUGGCAGAUCUGUCAGCGAAAGCUGGGGGUAAGCAGACUCUUGUCGAAUGGGCCAGGCACCGUCAUACGAACAUGCCAGCGCUGACAAUUUGCGUGGAAAAGGAAUGUUUCUUUAUGCACGUAUCAUGA